CGUGUGCACACCCGCCCUCCGCAGGCCGCGGUGGCGCAGAGCUUCCAGCACGAGCAACUGCACUUUGGCCAACCCAGCAGCUACUUUGUGCAGCUUCCCCAAGCCGUGUGGCGCUACCGGGACCACAUGGUUCGCAGCCUGCAGUCUGUGGGCCUGAGGCCCGUGGUCCCCCAGGGCAGCUACUUCCUCAUCGCAGACAUCUCAGACUUCAAGAGCAAGAUGCCCGACUUGCCAGGCGAUGUGGACGAGCCCUACGACAGACGCUUCGUCAAGUGGAUGAUCAGGAACAAGGGCUUGGCGGCCAUCCCGGUCUCCGUCUUCUACAGCAGGCCACAUCAGAAGAACUUCGACCACUAUGUCCGCUUCUGUUUUGUGAAGGACGAGUCCACGCUCCAGGCCAUGGACGAGAAGCUGCGGAAAUGGAAGGAUGAACUCAGGCCCUGACGCCGCCUGCUCAUCCCGGCCCCACCUGGUUCCUGCAUGUUCUUUGCCAGGGUGUCAGCCCUUCCCAGGCUGGGCGUAGACUGAGCUAGGGGCCCCCUUCUCUGCGACACAGGAUAUCCCCAGGGAAGAGCCCUCCUUCUUGGUCUUGGUGGAUUCAGAAGCGCUUCCCACAGUACCUAUAUUCCUGUCAUAGUGGUGAGGUGCACCUGACCUGGGCCUCUUCCUGCUCCUCCCUGGAUUGGGUCAUAGAGUCUUGGGUCCCCUCCGUAUUCUCCCCCAGACUUGUCUGGGACUCAAGGGACAGAGUCCAGCAGUGUACUGGCCUUGAGUCCCAGCCCUGCUCUGGUCCCAGCCUAGGCUCCCGCAUCCCGCCCUUUCUUUCUCUCCUUAGAUAACCUCGGGAAGUGGUCUUUAGGCUUGAGUCCUCAAGCCAGUACUUUUCACCCAUAAUAAAGCUUUAACUUAUUUAGACCCUUA